AUGCAGCUCCGUGUCUACACUUCCCUCGCCAUCUUCGCCGCCACUGCCAUGGCUGCUUCGUCUUCUACCUCUGCCGCUGCCGCUGCCUCGACUGCCGUCGACCUUACUGCCGGUGUCCCUCAGUGCGGUGUACNNAUUGCCUGCGUCACAUCCGCCGUCGGUGCAUCCGGCUGCUCUGCCAACGACCCCGUCUGCCUCUGCACAACCGGCUCCAAGGCCUUCCUCGCCGCCGGCACCACCUGCCUGCUCCAGAACUCUGACUGCUCGGCCGAGGACCUCCAGAGCAUCCAGAGCCUCGCCAAGUCGCGUUGCGGUACCCUUCUCGCCAGCACCGGUGCCUCUGCCUCGGGCUCUGCUGCUGCUGCCGUUUCUGGCUCUGCCACCAAGGCUGCUUCGUCGGCUUCUAGCACUCCUUCUACUGGUGCUGCUGUCCAGGUUGGCGCCAGCAUCAUGGCCGUCGGUGCCGGUGCUCUUGCCUUCAUCCUGUAA